UUCCACCACACAAUCUUGCGAAGACGCGGGACAACACAGAUCCAAGGAUCCCAGUUUUUUUUUGGUUCGGUUUUCUUCUGCUGUCAUAACGACCGUUUGCAUGGCUCUCCUGUCAGUUUGAAAUUCGCUCGCAAGAAGCGCUAGCAAGACGAGCGUAGAAAGAAUAAGAAUAUUUACAAGAAACUUCUGUGGGUUUUGCUAUCUGAUGGUAGAUUUUUGAAAUAUUUAUACAGCUGUCCGGUUCUUUGAUUCAACCGAAACCGAUUUGAGGAGGAGUAAGCGUAAACAUGAGUUCUGUUAAACCCGACGACAAAGCAAGUGAUAUCCCGGAGAAGCUAUACGAUGCCACGACAAAAAGAACGUACAAAAGGUUGCGAUUUUUCGGUAAGGGUGGAUUCGCAAAAUGCUACGAAAUCAUGGAUGUGGUCACAAGCGAUGUGUAUGCAGGCAAGAUCGUCUCCAAAAAGCUAAUGAUGAAACACAAUCAGAAAGAAAAAAUGACUCAAGAAAUUACAAUUCACCGUUCUUUGAACCAUCGGAACAUUGUCGGAUUUCAUAGCUUUUUCGACGAUCCGAUGAAUAUCUAUAUUGUGCUAGAGCUCUGUAAGAAACGGUCAAUGAUGGAGUUACACAAGCGGCGAAAAAUUAUCACCGAUUACGAGUGUCGCUACUACAUUCAUCAAGUGCUGACCGGUGUUAAAUAUUUGCACGAUAAGCACAUCAUCCAUCGAGAUCUGAAGUUGGGAAACUUAUUUCUCAAUGAUGACCUUCACGUUAAGAUAGGAGACUUCGGAUUAGCCACCAAAAUAGAGUUCGAAGGUGAACGCAAAAAGACGCUCUGCGGAACACCGAAUUACAUCGCACCUGAGAUUCUGAACAAGAAGGGCCACAGUUACGAGGUGGAUAUUUGGUCGAUUGGUUGUGUAAUGUAUACACUGUUAGUUGGCCAGCCACCGUUUGAAACGAAAAGUCUGAAAGAUACUUAUACUAAGAUUAGGAAAUGCGAGUAUCGUCUUCCAUCGACACUUCGAUCUAGUGCGGCGGAAAUGAUUUGCGCAAUGUUGCAAUCAGAUCCCGGCAAACGACCAAGUGUGGGACAAUUGUUCAAGUACGAAUUUGUUUUCAACAGUCACAUUCCGUUAUCCCUGCCCAUCUCUUGCCUUACAAUGGCUCCACGAGCUGAUCAAUUGGAGAGUGCCGAACGUAUGGGUAGGAAGCCACUUUCUGAAAUUAAUGACGACACCCGUUUCGAGUCAUCGUUCCUCAAGAAUAACCUGCAUGAUGCAAUCACAGCUUCUGGCACAAUGUCGCGACACAAUGAAGGAUAUCGGACGGAUAUAGAUAAUUUGUACAAACAGUUGAGCUCGCUAAUCGCCUCAAAACCACCGAAACUAGCCUCCAACUUGGAUGACGAGAAUACUGAUCCGGCGGUACAACCUCUUUUCUGGGUGUCCAAAUGGGUGGACUACAGUGAUAAAUACGGUUUCGGUUAUCAACUGUGCGACGAAGGCAUGGGCGUAAUGUUCAAUGACACCACCAAACUGAUCAUGCUUGCCAACGGUUUAAACGUGCACUUUAUUGACAAGGAAGGUGUUGAAACGUACAUGGAUAUAAAUAACUACCCACCCCAGAUGGAGAAAAAGAUGAAACUGUUAUCAUACUUUAAACGCUACAUGACUGAACAUUUGGUUAAAGCCGGCGCGGGUGCUGUAAAUAUUGAAAGUGAUCAGAUCUCGCGUAUACCCCAUCUGCACACCUGGUUCCGUACGAUGUGCGCGGUUGUUAUGCAUUUGACGAAUGGCACCGUGCAACUCAACUUCUCCGAUCAUCAGAAAAUCAUCCUUUGUCCGCUAAUGCGAGCCGUCACGCUAAUGGACAACAACAAGAACUUCCGAACGUAUCGUUUCUCCACCAUCCAGGAGCAGGGAUGUUCAAGUGACCUCUAUCAGAAAAUCCGGUACGCACAUGAGAAGAUGAAAAAACUUUUGGAAAAACUUGCGUAGUAUGGGUAGCAGUAUCAUGUUGUUUAUGGUUCAGCAGAACGUAACUUUCUUGAACAUCGCUCCACUUCCAUUCCUUCAACAGUUCAGCGCAGUCAUGCGCGUGCAGUAUUUUUCUUUGAUUUAUUUGUUGAAGCCACCGAGGACCAAAACUCUAUAUUUCAUAGUCAUCGCCGGUACUCAAAACGAAUCAUCUGUCAGCAGUCAUAUAAUAUGUUGAAGGGAGAAAUAUAAGCAUAAUGUUGGUUUUGUUUUUAUUGACGGAUAGCAUUAUCUUUAGCAUCUCAUUUUUAACGCUACAAUGUUUUUUCCCUUCGCAAUAAACAUAUAAGUCAGAAAUUGCAGAA